AUGCAAGCGCAGUAUCUGGAAGCGUAUAAGGAACCAUACAAGCUGAGAUCGGUUCCAAUCCCUCAGCCAUCUGAGUCGCACGAUAUUCUCAUUCGCGUGGAUGCUGCUUCGUAUUGCCAUACCGACUAUGUUCUUGCAGAAGGACAGAUGCCUGGACUGCCGAAGUCGUUCCCACAAAUUGGAUGUCAUGAGUUCGCCGGAACGGUAGUGUCGCACUUCGAAAGCCCUAGCAAAGAGGCCAGCGCAUUUGAGACCGGUGCAAGAGUUGGCGUACCAGGUCGCUCAUUCCAUGCUUGUGGUGACUGCUUCGAAUGCAGGAACGAACGCGUGGAAGAUCCAAUCGCGAUGGAUGAAGGGGGUUAUUCGGUGAACUGUAUCAGUGCGGAUAACAAUGGGCUGAGUAAAGACGGAGGGUUUGCGGAGUAUGCUGUGGUAGAUGCAAGGCAAUUGGCACCCAUACCAGACACUUUAACAGCAGUGGAGACUGCGCCGCUGAUGUGCGCUGGUGUGACUAUCUAUGGAGCGCUCAAGAGAAGUGGGCUGAAGGCAGGUGACAGAGUCGGUAUUCUAGGAGCUGGUGGUGGUCUUGGACAUCUGGGAUUACAAUACGGUGUGAAGAUGGGGUACAAAGUGCUGGGUAUCGAGGCAGCAGACGAGCCUCUAAAGCUUGCGCAACAUGUCGCUUCAAGUCUCGAUCCAGGGCCGUAUAUCGUAGAUGCCAGGAAAAGAAAAGCAGCCGACGUUGUUCAGGAGAUCGGUGGACAGGACGGCAAGAAGACUCUUGGUGAGAUGGGGCUAGACGCAGUGAUCGUGCUGCCCGAGAGCCAAGCAGCCUUUGACUACGGCAUGACGCUAUUGAAGUCACAUGGAACGUGUGUCGUCGUGUCAUUCCCUGAGAAAGGGUUUCAUGUCAACUCGCGAGACAUCGUCUUUCGUGACAUCAGGAUCAUCGGCAGCCUGGUAGGGAGCAACAAAGUGCUUCGUGAGAUGCUGGAAUUCUCUGCAGAGCAUGGUGUUCGCGCAUUGUCGACUUCGUUCCCCUUGGAAAAAUUGAACGAGCUUGUGUCUGAAUACCUCAAGGCCCAGGGUGGAAAGCUGGUAGUGGACAUGUCUCUUAAAGCGUAG